AGUACAACUUGGCAUGUGGCAGGGCGUACCAGCAGACUUCCUUCCAGAGUGUCUACAUGUUGGGUGUGUUUUUCGGUGCUCCUAUCAAUGGAUACCUCUCUGAUAAGUAUGGCAGGAAGCGUCUGGUGGUGUUUGGUGCUCUUUCUACAUCGGCAUCGCUCUGGGCUCCGCGUGGCUCCCCUUCCUCUCCACCAUCCUGCUGGCUCGCUUCCUCCUCGGUCUCUUCCACGCCAUCUGUCUCUUCACCUCCUACGUGUUGUUGGUGGAGGUGAUGGAGCCUAAGGUGCGUCCUGCAGUGGGGUACGUCAUCUACAUCUCGUGGGCCUUGGCAAUGAUGGUGUACGGAGGGUUUGGCUUCUUAAUAAGAGAUUGGAGACUUCUGCAAACCGUGGUCACCCUGCCUGGCUUUCUCAUCAUUCCUGGCUUGUGGUUGAUAGACGAGUCCCCGCGGUGGUUGAUCGUGAACGGGCGGUGGCGAGAAGCCCUGCAGGUGCUGACCAAGGUGUCCCGCUGGCACGGCGUGGACCUUCCCCCAGAGGCUGAGAUGAAGGCGCUGGUGGAGGAGCAGCCUGAGGUGGACAAGAUAGAGACCCAGCCCUUCUCUCUGCAGCGCCUCCUGUCGGCCAUCAAAGACGAGAUUGUCAUUCUGUUCAGGACCCCGCGGCUAAGAAUGAUCACCGUCUGCGUGUUCCUGGGCUACACUAUGGCUUCAAUGGUGUACUUCGGUCUGUCUCUGAGCGGCGGCACCAUCAGUGACAACCCCUACGUGUUUAUGACCCUGUCCGGCCUGAUGGAAGUGCCCGCUUAUACCUUCACUAUACCUGUCGUUCAGCGCUUCGGCAGGAAAUAUACUCUCGCCACGUGCUUCCUUCUCAGCGCCCUUGUUCUCUUCGCUCUUGCUGUUAUUCCUGCUGGGUACAGCGUGGCGGGGGUGGCGCUGGCGAUGAUGGGCAAGGUGUGCAUCACGGCGGGCUUCCAAACUAUCAUCUUCUUCUCCAGUGAGCUCUUCCCGACGGAGGUGCGCAGCCGAGGAGUCAGCGCUGCCUUCAUGAUGUCCAGAAUAGGCAGCAUGGUGUCCCCCUUCAUCACAGACCUGGUGGGGUCUGUGUAUCGGUGGGCGCCCUUCGUAGUGUUCGGAGCGGGCGCACUGCUGUCAGGGGCGGUCACUUUCUUGCUGCCAGAGACAAAAGGACAAAAACUGCCUGACACGGUGGCGCAGCUGGAGGAGAAGAGCUGCCAGCAGGAUAAACUGAGCGUUACUCAAGUUUCCUGAAGACAUUGGCAAGUCACUCUUCUCGUCGUCCAUGCAGGCUCUGUGUGGAGAAGACUGGUUUGGGGGAGGCAGGUGUGUGUGUGUGUGUGUGUGUGUGUGUGUGUGUGUGUGUGUGUGUGUGUGUGUGUGUGUGUAUAUGUGUUGGAAGUCAAAUUUAUUAUCUCUUGAUUCUUUUUUUCUCUUUUUCUUGUCAUUUGUUGGUACUGUUGUUGUUGUUGUUGUUGUUGUUGUUGUUGUUGUAUUUGCUGUUUCUGUUUGUGUUUCUCUGCUUUCUUUCUUUC